UUUUAAAAACACACUCUAUAUCACACUUUCUUUCCCGCGUUACCAUCACUUAUCUUCUCAUAUGGAGAUUUUCCAUUACCUUUUCCCCCUCUUGAUUUUCCUCCCACAUUCCCUUUCCCUCUCCGCAAUUUCCGACGUCGAUACCGACACCGCCGCGUUAUCCCUCUUUCGUUCCCAAACCGACACUCAUGACAUCCUUCUUUCAAACUGGACUCUCUCUUCCAUUACUCAUUCCACAGCUUGUUCUGCCUCAUGGAGAGGCGUAAAUUGCACCAACAACCGAGUCACAUCACUUUCCCUUCCUUCUCUAAAUCUACGUGGCCCUCUCGAUUCUCUUUCGUCGUUAGAUCAGCUUCGUAUUCUUGAUCUUCGUGAUAAUCGUUUAAACGGGUCAAUUUUACCUCUAGUAAAUUGUACUAAUUUAAAACUAGUUUACCUCUCUGGUAACGAUUUAUCCGGGCCAAUUCCAAAUGAAAUAUCGUUGCUAACACGUUUAUUACGUGUUGAUUUAUCUGAUAACAAUCUCAUUGGCCCCAUUCCCGAGACCAUUUCAAAGUUAACUCGUGUUCUGACAAUCAGAUUUCAGAACAACGAGUUAACUGGUGAAAUUCCAGAGGCUUUAUCUGCACUUGCGCAGAUAAAGCAACUGAAUCUUUCAAAUAAUGAUUUAUUUGGUCGGUUACCUGACAAUAUUGCUGAGAAGUUUGGAGACAAUAGUUUUUCAGGUAACAAGGGGUUAUGCGGAUCAAGCCCAUUACAGGCUUGUUCCGCAAAUCAACCUCCUCCAACCGUACAAUCAAACCCAAGCUCAUUACCUACUAUGACAAAUAUAAAUGGAAGAACAAAACAUAAAGGGUUACAUCCAGGUGUCAUUGUCGCAAUUGUGAUUGCAAAUUCUGUACUAGUUUUAGUCAUAGUUUCAUUUUUAGUAGCGUUUUAUUGUGGAAAGAGAGCUAGUAACUCUAGCUCAAAAAUUGGUUCUGAAAUUGGGAAGAGUAGAAGUAGUUAUGGGAGUGAGAAUAGAGUUUACGCCAAUAAUGGAGGUGGUGGAGAUAGUGAUGGGAAUAAUAAAUUUGUGUUUUUUGAUAAGAAAAAGAAGUUUGAAUUGGAAGAUUUGUUGAGAGCUUCGGCCGAGAUGCUUGGAAAGGGUAGUUUGGGGACGGUUUAUAGGGCGGUUUUGGACGAUGGUUGUACCGUGGUGGCCGUGAAAAGGUUGAAGGAUGCGAAUCCUUGUGGGAGAAAGGAGUUUGAACAAUAUAUGGAUGUGAUUGGAAAGCUUAAACAUCCGAAUGUUGUGAAGUUAAGAGCUUAUUAUUAUGCUAAGGAAGAAAAGCUUCUUGUUUAUGAUUAUUUACCUAAUGGAAGCUUGCAUUUACUUCUUCAUGGAAAUAGAGGUCCGGGAAGAAUUCCGUUAGACUGGACAACAAGGAUCAGUUUAGUACUAGGGGCAGCCCGUGGGCUAGCCCGUAUCCACGAAGAAUACAAGGCUGCAAGAAUUCCUCACGGAAAUGUAAGGUCAUCAAAUGUGCUACUAGACAAGAAUGGAAAUGCUUGCAUUUCUGAUUUCGGGUUAUCUUUACUUUUGAACCCGGUUCAUGCCACUAUAAGACUAGGAGGGUAUAAGGCACCCGAGCAACACGAAACCAAGAGACUAUCUCAAAAAGCAGAUGUUUACAGCUUUGGGAUUUUGCUAUUAGAAAUGCUAACGGGCCGGGCUCCAUCACAAUACCCUUCACCAUCUCGUGUAAGUGUUGACGAAGAGGAACAAACGGUGGACUUACCAAAAUGGGUCAGGUCAAUAGUGAGGGAUGAGUGGACGGCUGAAGUGUUUGAUCAAGAAUUAUUAAGGUACAAAAACAUAGAGGAGGAGCUCGUCUCGAUGCUUCAUGUUGCAAUGACUUGUGUGGCUGCACAACCCGAAAAGAGGCCAACAAUGACGGAAGUCGUGAAAAUGAUAGAAGAGAUACGGGUUGAGCAGUCACCGUUAGGAGAAGAUUACGACGAGUCUCGUAAUUCCAUGUCCCCUUCCGUUGCCACAACCGAAGGUUGAUUAAAGGAUGGUUCUUCCAUCUAAUUUAUCAAGAGUUUAUUUAUGCAUUUUUUACUUCCUUGUUUGUAACUUUUGCUAUGUGUUUUGUGAUUAUUAGCAUUCUAAGUUUAGAUUGUAAUAUGGUAAUGUAAUUUUGAAGCCCAAAGUUAAUCCAUCAAUGAUCUUAUUAGGUUGAUGUAA